UUUCUGUUUGGUUUUCGCGCUAAUCCUUUACAAACAAAUUGUUGACGCGAUGGCAGACACUCUGCAUAAAGAAGGAUAUGAAAUAUCAAAUUUGGCAAUGCGUGGUAGAGGUAAUAUCGGAGGAGAUAGCGAUAUGAAGCUGGAACCGUCUAGUCCUACAGAGAAAUAUACAUUUUCUCGCUGCAGUAGUACUGGAUCAGUGAACACUCCAUCUUCAUCUGCUCAUAACACAGAAGACGAAGACAGUGACAAUAAAAAUUCAACUAUAAGUUACAAGGAACGUAGGAGGGAAGCGCAUACUCAAGCAGAGCAGAAACGAAGAGAUGCUAUUAAAAAGGGAUAUGAUUCUCUUCAAGAUCUGGUUCCUACUUGUCAACAUACAGAUUCUUCAGGCUACAAACUUUCCAAGGCCACUGUACUUCAGAAAUCCAUUGAUUAUAUACAGUUUUUGUUGCAACAAAAGAAGAAGCAAGAAGAGGAACGUAACGCAUUGAGAAAAGAAGUUGUUGCCUUGCGUAUCAUGCAAGCUAAUUACGAACAAAUUGUUAAAGCGCACCAAACCCAAUCGGGACAUGCAGAAAUGCGUGUAUCUGAUGAGACCAAAUUUCAAGUGUUCCAGGCAAUCAUGGAUCGUUUGUUCCAAACAUUUAAUAACAUUUCUGUAGCAAACUUUGCAGAAUUAUCUGGAUGCGUGUUUAGUUGGUUAGAAGAACAUUGCAAACCUCAGACAUUACGUGAAGUAGUACUAUCAGUGCUUCAACAGCUCAACAACCAAAUCAGCUAGUCGAAUAUAUUAUUAGAUGAUUCGUGAUUGCACAAUAUGUCUACAAAAACAUUUCGCGGGUACUUAGACCAAUCAACAAGUAGAGUUACCAGGAAGGAUGGAAAUACGUGUGUUAUAUGCAGUGCGGGUAGCAUAAUGAUUGUACGAAAAAUAUAAAUAAAAAUUUAUUUUAUAUACUAAUAUAGAUGUAGAUGUAGCCAUGGAACGUGGCUUGCCGUUUAUUGGCGAGAUGUUAAAUAUUUUUAUCAGAGAUUUUUUUAUUACAUAAAAUUCGCUGCAUAUAUAUGAUACAUAACAUAUGUAUA